AUGGCUUCCAGAGUAUUCCUGCGGCAGCGCAUUGCGCCUGUAGCAACUGGCGCAGCCUUAAUCGGAAUGGCUCUCUAUCCUCAGAGACCAUUGCAUGCCGAAGCACCAGAUGGAAGAAAACCCAUCUAUGAUGACUUCGAGGAGCUCCCCCCCACAUCCGCUCCAACUCUUCCAUCAUCCAAAUCUCCAAGCCCCGCGUCGGAGGAAAUAUCAAGGAAACAUACUGGUCCAACUCCUACCGACAGGCUCGCUGUACAGAUAGGAAAGAGUCGAUUAUUUCUAUAUGCACAUGUCGUCGCUGCCGAAAACAAAUUGAACUCCAUGAUGGACUCUGCCCUUAACCUUGAAUCCAGUUUCACAUCCACGAUUGCUUCACUUGCACCAUCCCAACAAUCUGGGGAGAAGUUAAUGCCUGGAGCUAUCUAUGUUUUGGUUGCUGCUAUGACUGGCUCAAUUAUAUCACGAAACAGAAACAUCGUGCUGAGAGCUGCUGUACCAUUCGCAGUCGGAAUUGGAGCAGGGUGGGUUGUUCUUCCAGUAACGAUGAGAAAUGUUGCCAAUCUGGCAUGGGAAUAUGAGAGAAGAUUUCCAGUGAUUGCGGACACACACAUCAGGACAAGGGAGAGCAUAGAGAACGCAUGGAGAAUGGCACGGGUGCAUUCAAAGCAGGCAAUUUCAAUAGUGGAUGGCAAGGUCACCGAAGGAAGAGAAAAGGUAGAGGACUGGGUCAAGAAAGGAAAAUAG